AUGAUUCCAUCUGCGGGCCAUCGAGCGGCCCGUCGUGCAGCCCAUCGAGCGAGCCAUCGAGCGAGCCAUCGAGCGGCCCAUCGAGCGGGCCAUCGAGCGGCCCAUCAAACGGCCCAUCGACAGGCCAAUCGACAGGCCAAUCGACAGGCCAAUCGACAGGCCAAUCGAGCGGCCCAUCGAGCGACCCAUCGACCGAGCCAUCGAGUGUCGGUGAAUCGCACCUGCCUCAUCGAUGGAUGCAAAAAUAACAAGUGCAAUCGGUCGUAUCGUCGUUCGAGCUGCGCAGGCUUCCUCGUUGUGCCAAUUAUCUCGCUUUGGAUUAUCGGGGCCCUGUGCGUCAAAGAUGUGCCCGUAGUGCGCAUAGUAGCACUGGUGGGAGAGCCAGCGUAUCUGCCCUGUGACAUAUCACCCAGUCAAGAAGAUGACGCCGUUCGUCUUAUUCUCUGGUUUCGCGAUGAUCGCGGAAGCUCUUCCUCGUCGAUAUACAGCGUGGAUGCGCGUGAGCGAGACUUUUACUAUGCCGAACGUUGGUCGGACGAGAAAGUCUUUUCCAACCGAGCCUAUUUCAUGCCGGAAAAGAAGCCUGCAGUCCUUGGGGUCGACCACAUUCGCGAGGAUGACGCCGGUAUUUAUAGGUGCCGUGUGGAGUUUCGCAUCGGUCAAACUCGGAACUCUAAAGUCAACUUGACCGUUAUAGUUCCACCUCAUAAAAUUACGUUACUGAACGAAAAUGGCAAUGUAUUAGGCUCGAGUGUUGGACCCUACCUCGAAGGAGAUAACAUUAGACUCUUCUGCGACGUCCACGGAGGUAAACCAAUGCCGUCGAUCAACUGGUAUCGUAAUGGAAGGUUCGCGGGGAACUCAAGCCAUAGUCAACGUGAAGGUUUGAUGCGGAACGAGCUUUUGCUAAAAAAUCUCGGUCGCAAGGACGUACAAACUCAGCUCACUUGUAACGCUACCAACAAUAACAGGUCCAAUCCCCUGUCAGCGAGCGUGCGCCUCAACAUGAACUUCAGUCCAUUAACAGUAAAUAUCGAGGGAGCAAAUCAGCCACUGUCAGCUGGAAAGAACUAUAAUCUUGUUUGCAGUACAUCUGGUAGCCGUCCAACAGCCCUCAUUACAUGGUUAAGGGACGAACAGAAACUGUUGCAUUCAAAAGACAGUACAACGAGCGACGGCAAUACGACCACCAGCAUUUUGUCCUUUACGGCUAGCAAGGAAGACGCGGGUAAACGGCUGUUGUGUCGCGCGGAAAAUCCAAUCAUGAGGAGCAGCCCCAUCGAGGACGUCUGGCUUUUGGAAAUACAAUACACACCCGAGACUACAAUCCGACUAGGGACGAGCCUCGAUCCAAAAGCCAUCAAAGAAGGAAGCGAUGUAUACUUCGACUGUCUAAUACAGGCCGAACCUCCGGUUUAUAAGGUUGAGUGGAGGCAUCAGGGGAAGACUCUCAAUCACAACAUCUCGCAGGGCGUCAUAAUAAGCAAUCAGAGCCUCGUCCUCCAGGGCGUCGAUAGGAAAAACGCUGGCAACUACACCUGCGUCGGAUACAAUACCGAGGGCGACGGCGAAAGUUUGCCCUUUUAUUUGAACGUCAUGUUUGCACCAACCUGUAAACCCAACCAGGUGAAAAUCCACGGAGUAGCGAAGCAGGAGAAGGCAAGUAUAUCCUGCCAGGUUGACGCUAAUCCACAGGAAGUGGAAUUCCGCUGGACCUUUAACAACUCAGCAGAAAGUAUCGAUCUCGCCCCCAGCCAUAUCUCGAGGACGGGAACAUCGUCUACGGCGAGCUAUAAGCCAAUGAUUGAGAUGGAUUAUGGGACUUUAUUGUGCUGGGCAACAAAUCGAAUAGGACAUCAGCAGGUGCCUUGCGUCUAUUAUAUAAUACCAGCAGGUCGUCCCGAUGCGGUGCACAACUGCACGACCUCCAACACGUCGAAGAACUCGUUCGUCGUCCGAUGCAGUCCGGGCUUCGACGGAGGCCUCAACCAAUCCUUCUUCCUCGAGGUGCGAGAAAGCAACAGCCUGGAGCUCAAGGCGAACUUGACCUCGAGUCUUCCCCACUUUAGCGUGAGCGGUCUCGAAGCCGGUUCGCUUUAUCAAGCCUACGUUCACGCCUACAAUGAUAAAGGACGGAGCGAGCCGAUGGUCGUGCAGGCUGGGACUUUAAGUCCGCCGGAAAAGCAAUUAACGUCGGACUCAGAGCGGCCACGACAGCACAUGAAACUCACACCAAUGCUGAGCGUAAUGAUCGGCGUGGUGGCAGCCCUCGUGAUCGUCGCCGUGAUCGUCAUGAUAGUACUUCGUAUCCAGCACUCGCAGGUGGACGAACAGUCCAAGUCCCACGUCGAGGAUACUUGCAAGCCAGUGAAAACCGUACCCAUACAGAGGGAACUACGCUUCCGGGAGUGCGGCAGCCUCAUCACUGAGGAGAAGCAUCCGGACGCGAGUCCUUUUGGGAAGCUGGACACGAUAAGCGCCGGCGAUGUCAGCGAGUCCGAUGAAAAAAAUCCUGACAUCAUACCGCAACAAAUUACUGGUGAAGAAGUUUCGGAAUACCUAAGAAAAAGACGACUAGUGUCGACAAUAGAAACUUCGCCAUCUCGAGGCCUACUUGAACGAUCUGCGGUAGCCGCAGCCGCAGGAUCCAGGGGUAAUUACGUUGGUUAUUGUACCAUACGUAGCAGUAUGCCUCUUCGCGAACUUUCAAACACUGUCAAGUUUAAGCACAAGAGUUUCCAGCCGAUGGCCAGCGAGGUGUACGAGAGCGGCAUGUGCACCCUGCCGCGUCAGCACUGGGCCAGUCACACGGGCCAUGGGAGCCUCGUGGGAGCCCGCUCGGUCAGUCAGGCAGGUACGAGAGGCAUCACCCCGGGAGCAGUAAUGUACGCCGCGCAUGCCGGGGGCGGAGCUGUGAGUCUCGUCCGAGCUCCCGGAGUCAUCCUCGCGAAGGACAUGGAGGCAAGAUUGCUUCAGCCGGGUCAGUGCUGCGUUCAGGCGACCCCUAAGGAGAUGCACGCAGUCGCGUCUGCGCAGUCGCAGACCCUUGGUAAAGGGACGGGCCUACAGGUGACAAAACGCGAAAGCUCCGUGUGACGCAGCUGAACUCAGGUUGCCGCUGGAUGAGUACGGGAAUGUCAGAUUUUACUGCCUCGAUUCACCUCGGAUCCCGCUCCCCUC